AUGCUGGUCCCCCCCAUAAAUGGUCUUUCCUAUCACCCACCAUGGUGCUUUCCUCCUUUUCCUCUUCCGCUUUUCUUUUUAUUUCUCCUCUUCCUCCCUGCACCAAUCUUCCCUGCCACCUUCACAGUGGGUGUACUGGGCCCCUGGACCUGUGACCCUAUCUUUUCCCGGGCCCACCCAGACCUGGCUGCCCGCCUGGCUGCUACCCGCCUGAACCACGACAAAGCCCUGGAAGGUGGUCCCUGGUUUGAGGUCAUCCUGCUCCCAGAGCCAUGCCACACCUCGGGUUCCCUGGGGGCCCUAGCCCCCUCAUUAGCCCGUGUCUCUGGCCUUGUGGGUCCUGUGAACCCAGCUGCAUGCCACCCUGCUGAACUGCUGGCCCAAGAAGCUGGGGUCCCCCUGGUACCCUGGGGCUGUCCCCAGGGGGAAGCUCGAACCACAGCCCCUGCCCUUCCCCUUGCCCCUGAUGCCCUCUAUGCCCUGUUGCGGGCAUUCCGUUGGGCCAAGGUAGCCCUAGUCACUGCCCCACAGGACCUGUGGGUGGAGGCUGGCCAGGCCCUUGCUGGGGUGCUCCGCAGCAGGGGCCUGCCUGUGGUCAUGGUGACCUCCUUGGAGACUACGGACCUGGAAAGUGCCAAGAAUGCCCUAAAAAGAGUCAGAGAUGGUCCCAAGGUCAAAGUGGUGAUCAUGGUGAUGCAUUCAGUUCUACUGGGUGGGGAGGAGCAACGGCUGUUGUUGGAGGCUGCCGAGGAACUGGGCCUAGUAGAAGGCACAAUGGUGUUCCUUCCCUUCGACACCCUGCACUAUGCCCUGCCCCCUGGCCCUGAGGCCCUAAAGCCCCUCGCCAACAGUUCCAGACUCCGAAAAGCUCAUGAUGCCGUGCUCACUCUAACCCGCUACUGCCCUAAGGGGAGUGUAUCAGCUAGCUUACGCCAGGCCCAGGAGUACCAGGAGCUACCGCUGGACCUUAAACCCCAGCAGGUAUCCCCACUCUUCGGCACAAUCUAUGACGUUAUCUACCUGCUGGCAGGAGCUGUGGCAGGAGCACAAGUAGCUGGGGGUGGCAGCUGGGUCUCUGGGGCAGCAGUGGCCCAUCACAUUCCAAAAACCGAGGUCCCUGGCUUCUGUGGACACCUGGGAGGGGCAAAGGAGCCUCCUUUUGUGCUACUGGAUACAGAUGGGGUGGGAGACCAGCUGCUCCCUACUUACACACUGGACCCAGCCCAGGGUAUUCUCAACUAUGUUGGUAAUCCCAUCCACUUUCCUCAUGGUGGCCGGGGACCUGGUUUUGACCCUCCUUGCUGGUUCGACCCCAACGUGAUCUGCAGUGGAGGAGUAGAGCCCAGCUUCAUCCUUCUUGUUAUCCUCAUCAUUGCUGCUGUGGGGCUGGUGGUUGCCAUACUGGCCUAUUAUGUUCGACGCCAGCUCCUCCAUGCCCAGAUGAUCUCUGGUCCCAACAAGAUGAUCCUGACUCUGGAGGACAUCACUUUCCUCCCUCGGCAGGGCAGCAGCUCCCGAAAGGUAACAGAGGGGAGCCGUUCAAGCCUGGCUGCCCACAGCGUAUCUGACAUGCGUAGCAUCCCUAGCCAGCCCCCAGACAGUUCUAACAUUGGCAUGUAUGAGGGAGAUUGGGUUUGGCUGAAGAAAUUUCCAGGUGACCAACAUACUGAAAUUCGUCCUGCAACCAAGAUGGCCUUCUCCAAGCUGCGGGAGCUCCGCCAUGAGAACGUAGCUCUCUAUGUGGGGCUUUUCCUGGCUGGGAAUAUGGACGGGGCUGGAUCAGGAGGGCCAGGAGGGGGCAUCCUAGCUGUGGUCUCUGAGUAUUGUACUCGAGGAUCCCUCCAAGAUCUGCUCACUCAAAAGGACAUGAAACUUGACUGGAUGUUCAAAUCCUCCCUCCUGCUUGAUCUCAUUAAGGGCAUACGCUAUUUGCACCAUCGUGGGGUUGCCCAUGGGAGACUCAAGUCCCGGAACUGUGUGGUGGAUGGGAGAUUCGUGCUCAAGAUCACAGAUCAUGGUCAUGGGCGGUUGCUGGAGGCUCAGAGAAUAUCCUUGGAACCACCCCAAGCUGAGGACCGCUUGUGGACAGCCCCCGAACUCCUGCGGAAUGAGGCUUUGGAACGACAAGGGACCCUGCAGGGAGAUGUGUUCAGCCUGGGCAUCAUCAUGCAAGAAGUAGUAUGCCGCUGUGAGCCUUAUGCCAUGUUGGAGCUGACCCCUGAGGAGAUUGUCCAAAAAGUACAGAGCCCCCCACCAAUGUGCCGGCCCUCAGUGUCCAUAGACCAGGCCCCCAUGGAGUGUAUCCAGCUCAUGAAGGAGUGCUGGGCAGAGCAGCCAGACCUAAGACCCACCGUGGAUACAACCUUUGACCUGUUCAAGAACAUUAACAAGGGCCGGAAGACAAACAUCAUUGAUUCCAUGCUGCGGAUGCUGGAACAAUAUUCUAGCAACCUGGAGGAUCUGAUUCGAGAGCGGACGGAGGAGCUAGAGCUUGAGAAACAGAAGACAGACAAACUGCUCACUCAGAUGCUUCCCCCGUCCGUGGCUGAGGCUCUGAAGCUGGGGAUCCCAGUAGAGCCUGAAUAUUUUGAGGAGGUCACUCUGUAUUUCAGUGACAUUGUUGGCUUCACCACUAUCUCAGCCAUGAGUGAGCCCAUUGAGGUUGUCGAUCUGCUUAAUGACCUCUAUACACUUUUUGAUGCCAUCAUCGGUUCCCAUGAUGUCUACAAGGUGGAGACAAUUGGUGAUGCCUAUAUGGUAGCUUCAGGAUUACCCAAGCGGAAUGGGCAGAGACAUGCAGCAGAGAUUGCCAACAUGUCACUGGAUAUCCUCAGCUCUGUGGGCUCCUUCCGCAUGCGCCAUAUGCCAGAGGUUCCUGUCCGCAUCCGCAUAGGCCUGCAUUCUGGCCCAUGUGUGGCUGGAGUGGUGGGCCUCACCAUGCCUCGUUACUGCCUCUUUGGAGAUACUGUCAAUACAGCCUCUCGAAUGGAGUCCACAGGGCUACCCUAUCGCAUCCAUGUGAACCUGAGUACCGUGACGAUUCUUCAGGGUUUGAAUGAGGGCUUCCAGGUAGAAGUCAGAGGCAAAACAGAGCUCAAGGGAAAAGGCACAGAAAAAACUUACUGGCUCGUGGGGAGAAAAGGAUUUGACAAACCCAUUCCUACCCCUCCUGACCUGCAGCCAGGGGCCAGUAGCCAUGGCAUUAGUUUGCGAGAGAUCCCUGAAGACAGAAGGAGGAAACUGGAGAAGGCACGUCCACGGCAAUUAUUGGGAAAAUGAGGAGGUGGCCUCAGGAACAGGAGGAAUAUGGUUUGUACUGUUCCUGGAUGUCACACUCUCAUGGUUCCCUGGUGUCAUUGAAGAGGACUGAGGCCUAGAAGGGAUAAUGACUUGUUAGAGGCCAUAAAGCACACUUGUAGCUAGGUUUUCUAAAGUCCCAGACCCUUUGAGUUGGCUCAAAGCCAGGGCCAAGCGUCUUCUGGUAUACCUGAUGCCAGAACCAAAAGAUUCUCAGAUUGUAGAAUACCUGACUGCAAGUUUGUUUCGUGACUCUUGACAAGUAAUUUUCCUUCUCUAUAAAAUAAGGAGGGAUUAUACAAUUUUCAAGGUACCCUUUGUACUCUGACCCUCUGACAUUCAAUGGGUCUUGAUCCUGAGACAUUAGAACAUUGGUUACUGUUGGAUUUCUGGAACUCUAGAACCUCCUACGCUGAAGUCUCCUCUAACUGCAGAGAUUUCCGGGGCUUCAGAUCAACCAGCCACCAAGGGCCUUAGACCCUAUUCAAACUGAGAAUUUUUAGUCAUUUGAGCUUCCAGCUUCAAACAAUUCUGCAACAUGGGAGGUCCCAGGGAUUCAAGAGGAUUUUGGACCAUCAGAACCCGCAGGCCCAAAUGGUCUGAGGACUUUGGAACUUCAAGCAUCAGAAGAUCCCAGAGGUUUGGAAGGGUAGCGAUGGACCUCCCAAUGAGUGCCAGUCCUUGGGGUGACUUCAGAUAUUCCCUGGUUGCAUUCCAAGUGACCAGGUUAAGACUAUAUCUUGGGGAAAGCUAUUUUCUGGCCAUUCAGGACUGAGGGCCUGGUGCCAUGGGUUGGGAAAAAAAAAUGUCUUCUACUAGGCUGUGAAGCCAGAAGACUGAUGACUCAGUGGUUACUGGAGCAGGACUGAGUGGGUAUAAAAAUGGAAGCAGCCUCCCUCACCCUUUCAAUCAUGCCUAGCAGCCAUGUCAUUGCAAUCAUGAGUGAUCUCAGAACACAAGUCAUAAUAUACAACUUGAUCUUGAAAAACGAUUCCAACAGUAGACAUUCUUCAUAUUAUUUUGUCGUCGUUGAUGUUCACCAUAGCUGUCCAAGGAUCAUUCCAAGCUUGAUUUGACAUUUGGAGAAAGUUGUUAUUCAACAAAUGUAAUACAUCAUCUCACACCUUAUUUAUGAUGUGCUC